ACUUGUGUUGCUGAAAGCUACUUACCAACCAAGUUACCAUGUGGCAUCUUCACUGAGGAUUAUGGUCGAACAGCUUGUGGUCAAUCGCGAACACGCGAACGAAACCACGCCGCCGCUGCCGGAGGAGGAGGAGGAGCCAUGGGGCGCGCGGCUGCGGACGCUGACGCGCCUGGGGCGCCACUGCGAGGCGGUGGCGCUUCUACGCAGCGCGGCGCCGUGGCAUCCGCGCGCGGCCCUCGCCGUCGCCCUCCCCUCCGCCGUGAUCUCGUGCGCCGCGCUCUCCCUCCCCCUCUCUGUCGCCUCCCUCCACUCCCUCUCCCUUAAGCUCGGCCUCCUCCCCUCGGCCGACCCCUACCUCCUCUCCUCCCUCCUCUCCGCCUACUCCCGCCUCUCCCUCCUCCCCCUUGCCCACCGCCUCCUCGACUCUGCCGCCGACGCCGCCGCAUACGCCGCGCCCUCCACCCUCCUCACCGCCUAUAACGCCCUCAUCUCCGGCUACGCCCUCCACAACCUCGCCGCCCCCGCCCUCGCCCUCUUCCGCCGCCUCCGCCUCUCCUCCGCCCCCUCCUUCGACUCCGUCACGCUCCUCGCCCUCGUCCCCGCCGCGCCCCCCUGCCUCGUCCCCGCCCUCCACGCCCUCGCCCUCCGCUCCGGCGCCCUCGCCCCCGCCCCUGCCCCCGCAGUCGCCAACUGCUUCCUCUCCGCCUACGCCCGCGCCGGCGCCGUCGACCUCGCCCGCCGCGUCUUCGACGAGAUUGCCGACUCCGCCCGCGACCUCAUCUCCUGGAACGCCAUGAUCUCCGCCUACGCGCAGCACGGCCUCGCCCCGCGCGUCCUCGACCUCUACCGCCUCAUGCUCGCGCGCGCCGUCGCUCCCGACGCCGUCACCCUCGUCGGCGUCCUCUCCUCCUGCGCCCACCUCGGCGCGCGGGACUUCGGCCGGGGCGUCGCGCGCUGCGUCGCCGGGGAACCCUCCCUCGCCUCCAACACGCAUUUGAACAACGCCCUCAUCAACUUCCACGCGCGUUGCGGGGAGCUGGGGCGCGCGCGCGAGGUGUUCGAUGAAAUGCCCAGGAGAACCGUGGUCUCGUGGACGGCGCUCAUCGCCGGGUACGGCGCGCACGGGCAUGGCGACGCCGCCAUCGAGCUCUUCGAGCGGAUGCAGGUCGAAGGGAUAAAGCCCGACGGUGUCGCGAUGGUUAGCGUCCUGUCGGCGUGUAGCCACGCCGGAUUGACCGAUAAGGGAUUGAAUUACUUCUCAAAGAUGAAGAAAGCUUACAGGAUAGAGCCGAAUCCGGAGCAUUACGCUUGCAUGGUCGACCUCUUGGGGCGGGCAGGGCGGCUAGAGGAUGCACGCAAGCUGAUUGAAACAAUGCCGAUGAAGGCCGACGGCGCGGUUUGGGGUGCUCUUUUAGGUGCUUGCAAGAUACAUAAAAACGUCAAAAUAGGUGAAUUGGCAUUUGACAGAGUAGUCGAGCUCGAACCGACCAAUGUUGGGUACUACGUUUUGCUGUCAAACAUAUAUUCGGAUAGCGGGAGGUUGGACGGUGUGGCGAGGAUACGGGCGAUGAUGAGGCAGAGAGGCCUAAAGAAGGAGCCUGGUUGCAGCCAUAUUGAGCUCAAAGGAAUGCUGCAUUUGUUCAUGGCUGACGACCAUUCGCAUCCGCAAGCAAAGAGGAUAUAUGAGUUGGUGGCUAAGUUGGAGAGAUUGGUAUCUAAGAACGGCGAUAGAGAGGCGAUUGUGAAGGGGGAGAAGGGGAAGGCGCCAUUGACAGGUUUUCAUAGUGAGAGGUUGGCGGUUGCUUUCGGAAUUUUGAAUACCGAAGACGGGGAUGAGAUUGUGGUGAUGAAGAACUUGAGGGUGUGCGAGGAUUGCCACUCGUUCUUGAAGUCAGUUUCGAUGAUCGCAGGCCGAAGUUUCCUUAUAAGGGAUGCGAGCCGGUUUCAUCGGUUCGCGGGAGGACAGUGUUCUUGCAAGGAUUACUGGUGAAACUUUUUCGCUGCAUGAUGAACAUACAGAGAAAGAAGAUGCAUGGUUUUCACAAUGAGAAAGUGGAAGGUGUUCGACGAAACAUGCGAACAAUGCGGCUCGGGAAGCAAAGGAAUUACAGAAGAAUGUUUGUGAUCCAAGAUAACCGACUCAGACGCACAUAGAUAUUGGUUCUUGGUGCAUCCAAGGAAUGAGUUAGGACGUAUUCGACCCGACUAAAGCUUCUGCAAAAGUCACGUUGAGUAGAGCAUUGGAUGAAGCUGCUACAGUGUUUUCAUUAAAUCAUUUCCCAUCACUUCCUGGUGCAGUUGAUUUACUCAGAAAAUCGCCUCCUAGUGCAGCAGAACAGGUACAGAUGCAGUGCACUCACUUUCCAUUGAAAAGUUCUAAUUGAAUGGAGGGA